CACUACAGGCAGUUUGGGUUACUCCGGCUCAAAACAAUUUGUAGUUUACAUUCAGGAAAAAAAAAAAAAAAAUCUUGUACGUUUCGGUGGGAAAUAACCAGCAGACAAACAUGAAGUCAACGCAAUUGCGACUGGGGUUUAUUUGCAUCUAUUUGUUGCAGCACCUUAACGUUCUGGUUUACGCACUGCAAAAUUGCAUUAAUCCGAAUCGAAAUAACGGUAAUUGCAUUUCGAUCUAUGACUGCCCCAGCUUAUUGCAAGUUGUGAGAAAUGAAAAUUUGAACGAUCAGCAGCGAAAUUUCUUAAGGGAAUCGCAGUGUUACAAUGGUGUAGGUCUUACGCCUUAUGUUUGCUGUACAAGUGAUAUGAACUAUGUGACAAAUGUUGUUGCAACAACACCGCCAACAAGGCCAACACCCACUAAUCUUAGUGCCAUGACAGCGAGCAAUUUGUUGCCUGUGCCGCCAAAAUGUGGACCUGAUUCUUUCUCUGAUAAGAUUUACAAUGGCAACGACACGGCCAUUGAUGAGUUUAGCUGGAUGGUUCUUCUGGAAUAUGUGAAUUCCAGAGGACAAAAGCAGCUAAACUGUGGCGGAAGUUUGAUUAACAAUCGCUAUGUCCUAACCGCAGCGCAUUGCGUUGUAGGGCAAAUUGAGAUUUCAGUGGGUCGUCUAACUACUGUUCGUGUGGGCGAGUAUGAUACGAGUAAGGAUAUCGAUUGUGUGCGAGGUGUUUGCAAUCCAGCAAUCACAGAAGUGGGAGUUGAACAGGCAAUCCCUCAUCCCCAGUAUGAUGACAAGAGCAAGAAUCGUCAUCACGAUAUAGCCUUAUUGCGUCUAAGUGAACCAGUGGUUCUAAAUGAGUAUGUCCAGCCUGUUUGCUUGCCUUUGGCCAGCACACGUCAAGCAAUCUCAACUGGGGACCCUCUCGUUGUAAGCGGCUGGGGACGUACACUGCAAGCCAGGACAAGUGCGAUUAAGCAGCGGCUUACUCUGGCCGUGGCUGAUCAUCAAAAUUGUGCCGACAUGUUUGCCAGCCGACGAGUGAAUCUCAUCGAGUCACAGCUUUGCCUUGGUGGCCAAUUCUCCUAUGAUAGUUGCGAUGGUGAUUCCGGUGGACCAUUAAUGCGUCAAGCCUACCAGAAGGCCUGGUAUCAGGAGGGCGUGGUCUCAUUUGGUAAUCGUUGUGGGCUGCAGGGUUGGCCGGGAGUUUAUACACGCGUUGCGGACUACAUGGAUUGGAUUCAAGGCACAAUACAGCCGUAGUGAGCGCAGGAGUACGUUUGUUUCUUUUGUUCAAAUUAAGUUUUAAUUAAAGUAAAGUCAAGUCAA